AUCGCGCUGCGCGGUGUUGCGCCGUGCCGGGUCAGAGCGGGCUGCCGUGGGUGGUGCGGUCGCUCUCGUCCCGGUGCUCUUCCCGCGGUUCUUCCCGAGCUCCUUGCCGUGCUCCUCCCGCCGCUCUCCGCAGGCCGCCCCGCCCCGCGGGACAUGGGGGCGCGGGGCUGAGCUGCUAGCCCGCCCAGGGACGGCUUCUGCGACGCAGGUAUUUUGAAUGAAUGGUGCAGAAAAGAUGAAUUCUGCUAUGAGUGAGGAGCCUGAUGCACUGUCUGUAGUUAACCAACUCCGAGAUCUAGCAGCUGAUCCAUUGAAUAGACGGGCCAUUGUUCAGGAUCAAGGAUGCCUGCCAGGUCUUAUUCUGUUUUUGGACCAUCCCAACCCGCAGGUUGUUCAUUCAGCUUUACUAGCUCUCCGCUAUUUGGCUGAGUGCCGUGUCAACAGAGAAAAGAUGAAGAGUGAAUUGGGUAUGAUGCUCAGCUUACAGAAUGUAAUACAAAAGACCACUACACCAGGAGAGACUAAACUUCUGGCUUCUGAAGUCUAUGAUAUCCUUCAGUCUUCCAACAUGUCAGACAUGGACAAUGUGAAUGAGAUGAAUUACCGUCGGCGGAAAGCACAGUUUUUCCUCGGCAGCACAAAUAAGCGUGCCAAGACAGUGGUUCUGCAUAUAGAUGGCCUUGAUGAUUCGUCUCGAAGGAAUCUUUGUGAAGAAGCCUUGUUGAAAAUUAAAGGUGUUAUUAGUUUUACCUUUCAAAUGGCUGUUCAGAGGUGCGUGGUCCGAAUUCGCUCAGAUUUAAAAGCAGAGGCGCUGGCAACAGCAAUAGCAUCAACCAAAGUUAUGAAGGCACAGCAAGUUGUGAAAAGUGAAAGUGGUGAGGAGAUGCUAGUUCCGUUCCAAGAUACUCCAGUGGAAGUAGAGCAGAACACAGAUCUACCUGAGUAUUUGCCAGAAGAUGAGAGCCCUACUAAGGAGCAGGACAAAGCAGUGUCUCGUGUUGGGUCACAUCCAGAAGGUGCAGCAAGCUGGCUCAGCACAGCAGCAAACUUUCUAUCACGAUCUUUCUACUGGUGAUUUGUAUUUGGUGUUGAAAGACUGUGUGAAUGAACCAACAAGGGGGCCAGUUUUCCAUUGUUGUGGUGAACUGCCAAGUGCAAUUUGCAAUAAAUCAUCACGGAAAUUUUAGAUUAAGCAAACGUAUGCUGCAUUUUACAUUUUAUUGGACGUUUAGCCUGAUAGGGCAGGGGUCAAAGGACAGAGGCCUCCCAUCAAAUUGUUCCUUCAUUAGUUUUUCAUGUAGAUUUUUAUUGCUUCACUUUUUAAAAAUGGGUCCACUGUUAUAUACCAAAUGUUUAUGCUAUACCUAUAGAGCUUUAAGUUAAGUUUGACUUCACGUGAAACACAUGGUAGAGAGAAUCCAUUCAACUUGUCUCAGGGCCUCUGUGAAAGAAAAUUCUUAAUAGCUCCAGUUGUACAUUGAAUGAAAUGCCCUUUCCAUUUCUACAUCCCUUUGGACUAACAUUGUUCUGUUCAAUUUUCUAGAUUUGACUCCAGAGAAAAAUACAGUCUGCCUCUUAUUUUUUGGCUUUGUUUUUGCCAGCUGUGUUCACAGCAUGAGCACGAGGACCCCCUUUUUGCUGUUAAACUAGAAUCACUACAGACUUGAAAUGUGUAACCCUUUUAUGUAUAUUGAUUUUUUCCCAGCCUGCCCUUAACCAUUGGAGUGCUUAAGAUAAGAAAAAAGGGACUGAAAUAACACAAAUAUGUAUACAUACAUUGUACAGUAAAUAAACUAGAACAUAUUUGUAAUGAUGGGUGUGACUGACUGAUAUAUAUAUAUAUAUAUACAUAUAUAUAACUAAUAAAUACCACUGACUGCCGUUUAGGCUAGCUGGGAAGACUAGCAGAAAAAGCUAUGGUCUAAUGUAGUGAUGACCCAUUGCAGCUCAGCCUGCAGAGAAUAGAGGAAUGUAGACUAUAUUUGAUUAAGAAAUGGUGUUUACUGUUAGGAAAUAUUUAAUGGUAACUAAAACUUUAAACUUGAAAUAUAAAGCAGGACAGAAUGCCUCUUUUGCCACAGUGCCACACUCGUAAAUUUUGACUCCUUUUCUUUUGUUUGUUUUCCCCUAACAAUCCCAAUAUGCAAUUACUGUUUCCUCCUAAUGUCUUUCAGACUCCCAUGAAAAUAACAUCAGCUUGGCUUAAAAACAUAUGUAAACAAUUGGCUUUGCCCUGUAACUUACAGACAGUAUAAGUUUAAAGAUGUCUUAGUAAUUCCUGUGAGCAGAAGUGAUAAUAAAAGCAAAACUUCUGUAGGUAGAGAAUAACAUAUAUCUGAGCUGUCAGCAAACACUGUACUUGAGAGGAUUCAAUACACAGUGCUUGAAAGCUGCAAUGCCCCCUGCUUUGUUGCACCAGAGAAAUACAGCUGAGAACUUUGAAACAUGUUAUAAACUUCAUUAUACAGUGCUUUUUUGUGGUAAUGUAUUUGCUAUAAUAUGAAUCAUAUUUACCACUUGGAGACUCAGAAGAGAAAUUUAAUGCAUCAAAGUUAUUCUCCUGUGUCCAUGCACAAGGAAUAAAUAAAAAAAAACCCCACAGGCUGUCAUAGUACUACAGAAGUGCUGAAGUUAUAAUAAUGUAAAAUAAUAAAUAAUAAUAAUAUUAAUGCAGGUCAGAGUUCACCCACCCAGGUUAAUUGUCAUUCUAAGAAAAAAAAAAAAAAAAAAAACCCAAACAAAAAAACAACAAUCUUGUUGGCAGACUAGAUGUCUCAUGUUUUUUAAUAUAUCUAGUUUAUUUUUGAUUCAGGUUUACACGCACAGAUUGAAAAUACAGGCUUUUCAGGGCAUGUAUUGCUUUAAAUAUGUAAUGCUAUUCAUAUUGCUGUCUAGAAUGUUACAGUACCAAAUGUGUUUGAAAAGUCCUCUGUUCUAUAGCCAUGAAUGCAGAGUUUUGGUUUUCUGCAUUAACAUCUGUUUGCAUUUGCAUUACUGCACAUCUAUUUACUAAAAGACUACACCCUUUGGAUAUUAAUGGUUCAAUACCAGUAGGUAUUACAGUUUGUUUGUGCAUUUGGUCUGUAGGUGUGCUUUUUAUGACAGUAUUGCAGCUCUUGUAGAACAGUUUAAGGCAUCUGUAAAAGUUUUUGAAAUACAUUGUAAAAUAAUAAAGGAUAAUAUAACUAAAUAAA